CACAGUCCGACAUGGCUGAAAGGGGAUGAUGCUGGCUGCACAGUUUCUGUCUCGCCUUCGGGUGCUGGCGGAGGAGCUGAGGAGGUGCCAGACUGCUUUGGGCCAGCACACGCUUCUUCUUAACUCUACACUGGGCCCUGCAGCAGAACCAAAACGCUUGCUCUCCACUGGCUGCCAUCAAAGGGCAAAGCACCGUAGCGUUGCUGGAAAGAAGCCUGAAUUGUCCGAGAAGAAGUUGACAAGGUAUUUUGUGGAUCACCGCCGGGUCCGAGUGGUGGCAGGAGCUGGUGGGAAUGGUGCCUGCUGCUUCCAUAGCGAGCCCAGAAAGGAGUAUGGGGGUCCAGAUGGAGGAGAUGGAGGAAAUGGGGGGCACAUCAUACUGAAAGCUGAUCCCAGGGUGAAGUCUCUUUCCACUGUCACACCUUUGUAUAAAGGGAGUAACGGGGAACGUGGGCGCAGCGAUAACUGCUUUGGAAGAAAUGGGGACAGCAUUUAUAUCAGGGUUCCACUGGGCACACUGGUGAAAGAGGAAGGGAAGCUCCUUGCCGACCUCUCAAAGCCAGGGGAUGAGUUUUUGGCAGCUCAUGGGGGAGUUGGUGGAAAAGGAAAUAGAUUCUUCCUCAGCAAUGAAAACCGUGCACCAAUGAUGGCUACACCAGGCGAGCCAGGAGAGGAGCGAAUUCUGCACUUGGAGUUAAAGACGAUGGCACAUGCUGGCAUGGUGGGAUUUCCCAAUGCAGGAAAGUCGUCACUAUUGCGCCUUUUAUCAAAUGCCCGUCCAGCUGUUGCAGCGUACCCUUUUACCACCCUAAAUCCACACGUGGGGGUCAUUAAAUACCGGGAUUAUGUGCAAAUAGCAGUGGCUGAUAUUCCAGGUAUCAUAGAUGGUGCCCAUCAGAACCGGGGACUGGGUUUCGCCUUCCUCCGACACAUUGAACGUUGCCGCAUUCUCCUCUUUGUACUGGACCUUUCCCAUAAGGAGCCCUGGGCCCAGCUGGAGUCCCUGCGGUAUGAACUGGAACAAUACGACAAGGACUUGCUUGGGCGGCCUCAGGUUAUUGUGGCAAACAAGCUCGACCUUCCAGUGGCACAAGAGACCCUUCAGCGUCUGCGACAGGAGACUGACAGCAAAGUGAUUGGCGUUUCUGCACUUACUGGAGAGAAUGCAGAAGAGCUUAUACUGCACCUGCGAGAAUUAUAUGAUGGACACAGUCAGCACAGCAGUAACGCACUGGCAGCCUGGUGAACUAUGGGAGAGAGAUAGAUAUAUAUAUAUAAAGCUUAAAAUGCAGGAACUUUAUCAAAAUAAAUAAGGAUAAAUAAAACUUCUUAUUUCUUUAUCUAUAUCGUUGUGGUGUUAGCAACCAUAGUACUUUUGCUGAGUUUCCAAUAAGCUAUAUCUUCAUUAUGUACUAAGGCAGCUCCCUCCCAUAUUUUUAAAUAAUGGUAUGCAUUAAAAUGUUGUCUGCAAGAACCUAAAUGUUACAAGCUUUGCACCCAAUCAGACAUUUGGAUUAGCCUAACAACAUCCAUAAGUGGAAGUAGUGUAUAUCUGAAGCAGCUUUUUGGGGGGUAUAGGGCCCACCAUAGUGCACAUUAACUACACCAAAUUAUUUUCUCCACUGUAUGUUGUGUGCUUGUUAGUGCACAUUCUGGCAUGUUCCACUAGAUGGAGAUGUUGUCUAAAAAAUAUUAGUAAUAUGGCCUUUAUGGAAAUAUGCAACAAUUUAUGGUGAGUAGCAGUGCCAAAUCAACCUUCUGUUUUUUUCCAUUUUGCCAUUAAUUAUGUUUCAUUUUAAGGCAUAGCAUAACAUUGCUGCUCUACAAACGAACUCCCUGAUAUAGAAGAUGCUAACAAGCUACCUGUAGGUUGCAAAAAAAAAAAGCUUAGCAGUGCGUAUCUUGACAGCGCUAUAUAAAUAAAUGAUGAUGAUGAUGAUGAAGCUACCUUCUCUGUUAUUUGUAUUUAAACAUGUGAGAGAUAGGUGCCAUAUUGUUUCCCUUAGACAGUACAGUAUGAGGGUAUAGCUUAUUGUGUGCCCAGAACAUUCCUUCUCUGUAUAUUUGUAUUUAUACAUAUGGGAAGGAGGUGCCAUAUUGUUUCCCUUAGACAGUACAGUAUGAGGGUAUAGCUUAUUGUGUGCCCAGAACAUUCCUUCUCUGUAUAUUUGUAUUUAUACAUACCGGAAGGAGGUGCCAUAUUGUUUCCCUUAGACAGUACAGUAUGAGGGUAUAGCUUAUUGUGUGCCCAGAACAUUCCUUCUCUGUAUAUUUGUAUUUAUACAUAUGGGAAGGAGGUGCCAUAUUGUUUCCCUUAGACCGUACAGUAUGAGGGUAUAGCUUAUUUUGUGCUCAGAACAUUCCUUCUCUAUAUUAAUACGGGGAAGAGCUGCAAUAUUGACUGCACAAUAUAAGGGUAUAGCCUUGUAAGUAUUAUCAAUGGUUCCUCCAGACUUAGAGUUACUAAUAAUGCGGCUGCCAGUUGUUGUUGCCUUUUAAAGGAGACAUUUUGUGUUAAAACAAAAAAUCAGCAGCUAGGCUGACCUGAUAGGGAACGGCAGCCUGUGUUUGCUUGUGUGACUGCAGAGCUUUGAUUGGCUAUCCCCUUCCUACUGUGCUUCCGGCAGGAAUUGUUAGAACACGCCCACACCUCAUUUGAAACAUUGACAGGAACCAGAAAGGAUCUAUGGGGAGCUCCAAGAAAGGGGCAAUUUUAAGUUUGAUCAUUAUUUGUAUUCAUACAUAUAAAUAAUAUAUCUGUGAAACCAA